ACGUCAUUGGCAGCAGCUGCCGGAGGACAGUCCGCUCUGCCAAUCAUAAGCGUCGACGUCCGAUUAUCCGUGGGAGUGCCCGCACAGCUCACCUGAAACGGCUUCGCCUGGAGGUCGAGAGACGGACAGCUAAGGCAAAGGCGACAGCAUUGGCGAAGCUGACCCAUUUCUCUUCUCAGUUUCUUCCCACGUCUGCAGACGACGCGCCUGCUGCCGAAUCAAACGCCGUCGUUUCUCCAAAUCCCUCGCCCAGUCCGCAUCAUUCGCCCAUCAUUACUGCUGCCUGCACACCAAGCUCGACUGGCGACCAAGCCGGAAAGGGUGAAAGCGAAGCAUCCGAGUGUAACUUACUCCCUGCCAGUGAGGAUUUUCACGACUCAGGGCUGGGCUCUUCAGAGUGCUCCCUACAGUCUACUUUCUCUACCUCCACCGAAAACUCCACUGAAUCCAUAAUGCCUGCCCUUUCCAAACAGUCUUCGCCCCUAAAGGGUGAUCAGGAAAGUGAGAUUAGCGAACAGGCUUGCUCCUCCCCACCGUCUCUUCCGAACGCAACAUUCACGCUAGAGACGACGCCAAGACGGCGAAACUCCCACCCGCUCAUUUCUCCGCAUCUUCACACCGACCCAGUAUUCAGUGUUUCCAAUGCCCUGCUCUCGUGUUCACGGGAAAACUCCUCUAGCGUAGUUUCUGCUGCAUCCGUUGGUGGUGUGCCCAAGAAACCAACUGCCUAUGUCUUUCCGGAUGACUCCAGGAGGGCAAAAAUGACCCGUGGAGGUUUUCCGAAUCCUAAAUCCGCUCAGACCUGUUGCACUCCUCGGUGCAUCGCGGAACCUCUGAAACCGUUCCUCCGCUUCCUCAGUGCUUCCGAGGCGCAUAUGCUACUCACUGAACUACAC